GCGGUGCCUCCCUGUGAGGGAGGCGAGAACAUGGCGGAAGCGGAGUGAGCGAUUUGUACGCUGAGCGGGUGGAAGUAUCAUUCCACAGCUAUGGAGAAUGAGCCAAGCACAACAACAUCUUCCACAUGCACAACAACCGUUGCUACAACUUCUUCCCCCUCCCGUACGCAGCCACCUCAGAUAUCUGUCUAUAGUGGCUCCGAUCGACAUGCUGUACAAGUUAUUCAGCAGGCCUUGCAUCGUCCCCCUAGCUCAGCGGCACAAUACCUGCAGCAGAUGUAUGCCGCUCAGCAGCAACAUCUAAUGUUACAAACUGCUGCUUUGCAACAGCAGCAUUUGAGCAGUGCUCAGUUCCAGAGUCUGGCCAGUGUUCCACAGGCAAACCUGUCAGGUGGGAGGCAGUGUGCAUCUCCCAAUGGCAGUGUAACUCAGCAGUCAAGCAUGUCAGAGACUUCGAUUAAUCUCUCUGCUUCUCCUACACCUGCGCAGCUAAUAAGCCGCUCACAGACCUCCAACACUAGCAGCAGCAGUCUUACCCAACAGACCAUGCUACUAGGGAGCACCUCCCCUAGUCUCACUGCAAGCCAGGCUCAGAUGUAUCUCCGAGCUCAAAUGCUUAUUUUUACACCUGCUACCACUGUGGCGGCUGUCCAGUCUGACAUUCCUGUUGUGUCGUCAUCAUCUUCGUUUCCUUGUCAGUCUGCAGCUACUCAGGUACAGAAUUUAACAUUGCGCAGCCAGAAGUUGGGUGUAUUGUCUAGUUCACAAAAUGGUUCACCAAAAAGCAGUAGUCAAGCCCAGACACUAGCCGUGUGCCCGAAUAAACCUGUGACCAAUACCAAAAGCAGCCAGUCAGAUCCUCCAGAAAGCAAAAGAAAAGGAGACAGCCCAACUGCAGAGCCUCGAAGCCCAGCUGUUACACGUACAUCAAGUAUUCAUCAGCUUAUAGCACCAGCUUCAUAUUCUUCAAUUCAACCUCAUUCUCUGUUAAAGCAUCAGCAGUCCCCUCUUCAUUCACCACCCUCAAAAAUAUCCCACCAUCAGCUUAUCUUCCAGCAACAGCAAGUUCAGCCGAUCACACUCCAGCUUCCCCCCAGUCAGGAAGCAUCUUCUUCACAACACUGUGUACCACUCCAGGGCCAUGCUCUUCCUCCAACUUCCAGCAGUACCCUAUCACAACACUGUUCACCUGUUCACAUCCACCCCCCUCCCCUUCCUCCUGCACUUUCCCCAACCCCAUCCCAGUCCUCACAACAAUCAGUGGUGGUAUCCCCACCACCACCUCCUUCACCUAGCCAGUCACCAACUAUAAUUAUCCACCCUCAGACUCUCAUUCAGCCGCAAUCGCAUCCAGUAGCAUCUUCAGCGCUUCAGCCAGAGCAUAACACAGCACAGGCCAAUGACAGUCCAGCAGAAGCUGCCUCGCAGUCAGCCAGUAUUCCACCCCAACUGCCAUCUUCUCCAGUAGUACACAUUGGCCCAGCAGAUCAGCCUUCCAUGGUGUCCACAGGCCAGCAGAUAACAUCUCCAACACCUCAUCAGCAGUAUCCGACUUUGCAGCCCACACCCAUUCCAGUUGCAACCUCUCCACAGCUAUCAACUUCUCCAACCCACAGUCAGCCACUUCCCCUUCCUCCUGUUCAGCCUCUACAAGUGCAGCCUGAAAUUUUGUCCCAGGGUCAGGUUUUGGUACAAAAUACAUUGGUUUCUGAGGAGGAGCUUCCUGCUGCUGAAGCUUUGGUCCAGCUGCCAUUUCAGACCCUUCCUCCUCCUCAGACAGUUGCAGUAAACCUUCAAGUGCAGCAAGCAGUACCUGUUGAGACCCCAGUGAUUUAUCAAGUGGAAGAAAUGUGUGAAGAAGAAAUGCCAGAAGAAUCUGAAUGUGAUCGUAUGGCUAGGACUCCCACCCCGCCAACCUUGUCACCACCAGCCAUAACCUUAAGAAACAGAGAAGACCUCGCCUAUGAGGAGCCAUUUCCAGAGCAAGAAGGACAUUCUUCAGUGGCCUCUUCAGUCAGUGCUUCUGUAAUUAGAUCACCAUCCGACCCUUCACAUGCCUCUAUUCCACAGCCACCUCUUUUGCUACCAGCAGUUGCCACAAGAAGUAGCAGCACAUCACUGUCUAACAGGAAUCCCAGCAUAGACAACAAGCUUCCUCAGGCUAUCGUUAAACCACAGAUCCUGACCCAUGUUAUUGAGGGCUUUGUGAUCCAAGAAGGGUUAGAACCAUUUCCUGUAAGUUGUUCAUCCCUUCUGGUUGAGCAGCCUGCAAAAAAGAGGCUCCUAAUGGAAGGCCAGGUGAUGAAUGUUAUGUGUGUUGAGCCUGAGCUACAAAACAAUUCAAAACAUGCAGACAACUCCUCAGAUACAGAACUGGAGGACAUGAUUACAGAAGAGGGACUGGAUGAGAUGGAAACUGAUCUCCUUAAGUGUGAGUUCUGUGGGAAAAUGGGGUACGCGAACAAGUUUCUGCGGUCGAAGCGGUUCUGCUCCAUGUCCUGUGCCAAGAGGUACAAUGUAAGUUGCAGUAAGAAAUUUGGAUUAUAUGCAUCAGACAAGAACAGCCGUUGGAGCCGGAGCUCAGAUAGUCAGAGCUUUGGGCGACGUGGGCGACGGCCAAGUGGCUCUGAUGGCCCUCCAAGGGAACACUUCCUUAGACAGCUUCCAAUUACUUAUCCAUCUGCAGAAGAAGACUUGGCUUCUCAGGAAGACAAUGUGCCAGUUGCCAUGACCACUCGCCUGAGAAGGCAAAGUGAAAGGGAAAGAGAGCGUGAGCUUAGGGAAUUGAGAAUUAGGAAAACAACAGACAACCUGGAUUUGCUGCCAUCUGUGCAAUCUGAUCCAUCGAUAUGGACUGUUGAAGAUGUUUGGGCUUUCAUACGCUCUUUGCCUGGUUGUCAAGAUAUAGCUGAUGAAUUUCGAGCCCAGGAGAUUGACGGGCAGGCUCUUCUCUUACUGAAAGAGGAUCAUCUCAUGAGUGCAAUGAAUAUUAAGCUAGGACCUGCAUUGAAGAUAUGUGCACGGAUCAACUCCUUGAAGGAAUCUUAGUGGAAAACUAAGGCUUUAAACCAAGCUUUCAACAGAUACAGACCUGUAAUAAGCCAGCAUCUUACUGUUUGAUGUGGUUAUUACUGCUGUGUUUUGCUAAGUAUCUUUUUUCCACAUGAAGACUUUUGGAGGAGCAUGUGUAAUGUGAUCCUCCAAGCCUUCCAGUAGUUAUCCAGCUUCUCAGGAAGCAUAAGCUAUGUUGGCAGAUCAUUGUAGUCAAAUGCAGGACGAGGUAAAGUCAGUGAAAAGCUCUAUGACAUGUUUGUAAUAUGUUGUGGGUGAUGCUUAUUCCAAAAAGGCAAUUAUUUACCAUACAAGAUUUAAACUUUUUUUAAAAUAUAGCCUUGAUUACAGUUUUUCAUUGUGUUUCUAUACACUUUUUUUCCUUUGUAGAAAGCUUUUUAAGAAUACAGAUUAACAGAAGAGCCCACAGAGUCUGUGGGAGCAUUGAUUAGGGUAAAAUGCUAUGCAUUUAAUUGUGCUCUUGAGUUUCAAUUAAUCCUGAAGGAACUCUUCUCUCCUAAUGCUAUGGCUCACCCACUACUGCAGUAUUUUCUUCAAGUGCAAAUGCUUUUCUGUAAACAUGAGAGAUACUCUGUGAAUGCAGCAAACCUUCUACUAUCAGAAUCUUGGUCACUUGAAUUCCACAUGUACUUAUCAGCAUAAGAAAAUCUAUGAAUGUUUUUUUUUAAACUAGGGAUUGGGGAGGUAUUCUUGUUAAAUGAGCUUGUACAGAAAGCCUGAUGCAUAUAGUGGUAAAGCUGCUGAGAGCUGAAAUGGCACGUCACCCUUCCUGGAAAGUACAAAAGAAGCACAUACGUUAUGUCAAUUCUUUGUAUGCUGCUAUACACUGAAGAGGGCAUUAUGCUAUUAUCCUAGUUUUUCUUGCUGCUAGUUAACAUAGACCAAAGGAGUUAAUGCACACCUGUCCACUCACUAGCUGAAUGGGAACCCAUUGUUAUCCAUGUGCUGGUGUGUGGCUCCUCGUUAUUAAAUAGCUCUGACAGGCAGAUGGGAUUAGCAGAUAUUUCUGGACUUCUUUGCUUUCUCUUUUCUCUUUCUUUCUUUGUUUUCCCCAGCAGGAAUUCUGCUGGAUGCUGCUAAAGAUGUUUUUCUUCCCUCUCCAUUUGGAAUAAGCACUUUUUGAAAUUGCAGUGGUUUCAGCUCGAACAUUUUCUCAUGCCACGGUGUCACUUGCAAUCUUACAGUGAAGAUUCCUGCCCCAGUGGCACCAAAGUAUUAAGAAUAAGUAUUCAGAUGUUUAUCCUCUGUAUCUUUUUAAUAUUUUGCAUGAUAUUCCAAAAGAUCCCAUUCAGUUAACAUGUUUAAAGGAAAUGGGGCUCAGAUCAUUGAGAACUUCUCUUGAGCAAGGCCCACUGAGAUGAAUGAGAGUUUCACAUAUCAUGAAAAUUCUCUUCAUUGCCGUGGAAUUUGCACAAAAGGAAAUGCUCUUUAGAGUAUGAGCACAAUGUCGCUGAAAGGCAUUUCUGGGUUCAUUACAGGCAUAUGUAGGUUUUAGUAAUAAUAUAUAUUUCCUAAAAUAGGUCUAUUUACCAGAAAUAAAUUAUGGAAAUGAUUUACCAGACAGCUAAUGAAAUUUUACAUGCUGUGAGUGGUACUCAGCCAGUGUCUUUGCUGAUGGAAAGCAUAAGUUAGCAGAAUGGACAGGGGGAUGUUUUUCUGUAAUUCAGUUUGCUGUGGGAACAGACAUGGGGGCUAUAGGGGUGAGGGAGACUAGCUGAAAAUAGUUUCACCUCCAUUCUGCUGAUGGGUACCUUCCAUCACCAAAGGGUUACUUUUUUUUGCUUUGAGCGGAGACCAGAGAAGCUCUCAAAAUGGUUCAUGACUUCCUGACCUGGUGAAGGGGGUUUUGCACUUAAAAGCACUUAACACUUCCUGAUUCUCUGCUAAUUUUAGUCUCAGAUUUUGGGAUGCUUUUAGUAAGGUGUUUCUAGCAGUUGUAGUUAAUUAUUAACAGUAACUUGUUGAAGGUCAUCAGAAACUCAAAGUAAUCCAGUUACUUAUGGACUUAAGGAGAGCCACCAAACAUUUGCAAGUGAGGGAAGUUUGUAAAAAUUCAAGGGUUGCAAAGUAUUAUGUCAUUCUCCAACUUUGGAUGGAUUAUUCUAUAGAAUGGAAAAUGGGCAUAGUUGCAGCCAAAUUGUAUGGAUUAGUUCUUAGUCUAACAAUUACUGGUUAGCAGCUAAUUGAAAAUAAAAACUACCUUCACAAGUCUUUGUGAAAGCAGAACUGGUGGGCUUAGAAAUUAAGGGUACAUUUUUGUCAUUUUCAAGGAUGGAUAGAAAUAAUUUGUUCAGGACUAUCUUUAUGGAAUUUACUUCAGUCCCGUUCACUUCAAAGUGACAUGUAUUGGGCUGUAAGUAAUCUAAAGCAAGAUAUUUCAAUUUAAUUGAGUUGUGCACCAGGCUACGUUUGUUUUGAAAAUGAUUUUUCUUGAAUUGUCUCUUCUUUAAGCAUCUUGGAACUGGAACAAUAGUCCAUCUUCUGUAAAUACAAAUGGGGCAUAACAUCAUACUCAGAGUAAUAACCAUGCAUUUGGUAUAAUUUAGAUGCUUAUCUUUCAUCAGCUGCACAAUGUAUAGGUUCACAGUGAUUUCCUGAAGUGGAUUAUGGUAUUAUUCUUAUGCAGUGUUUCAGGGUAUUUCAUCUCUGAUGAUAAAGAGUAAGAGCAGAAGCACAAAUGGCAAUGCCCUGACCAGAAAAAUAUUUUUCAUCUUUUUCCCUUAAGAGACUAGUUUGACAAAUGGUAUAUAUGAGACUGCAAAGCUGCUCCAAGAACCAGACUUUUCUAACUUUUAUACAUGGAGCCUGUUGGAUUGAUAUAUUUCUUUCCCCUCUCAUUUGGUGAUUUCAGAACCAAACAUAGGAACAAGGCAGGCUUGUAUUGUGUGAGGCUUGCUGAAUGAACCUGUAUUGCCUCCUCCUCCCCAUCUGUGCAGAAGCAUUUUGUGCCAUUGCCAGGCUGCCACCACAAUGGAUCAAAUAAAGUGGGAAGAUAGACUAAGAGUGAGCUCCAUGAAGAGGGGAGGAGUUUUCCCCAAUGUAAAGACAGUUUGGGUUAGCCAAAGGGCAGUGCCUGCUGUCCCCAGUACAGCUGGCCUCUCCUUGGGCAGUAAAGUUAGGCUUCAUGAGGGAGAAAGAGCACAUCCUUUCCCUCCCCCUCACCUGGAAGACAGUAACUCCACUGUUGGGUGCAAAAAAGUCCCCCAGUGUGAUGUUCCUUUGCUGGAAUAGAAGGUGCACUUCAUUGGAAAAGCAGCAUGAACAAGAGACAAAAUAGAUGUGGCUUUCAUUGCCUGGCAGUAUGAAGUUAAAUAUGUUUACAUUUGCUACUACAAACAUUAACACAAUGGUACACUUAGUGCCAGCCUGGCUAAAUAAUUAGUUCCAUGUGCAUCUGAGUAUUAUCUAAGACCACAAGGAUGCAGUGAGUUUUUAUUCAUUAAGAUGCUUAAUUUAAAAGGGAGAAGAUGUCUGCUGCAUAUCGGUAUAGUAUCCUUUCUUAGAACAGGAUGCCGGACUGCAUCUGUAUGGGUGACUUGGGGAGGUCCAGAGGCCAUUUUGCCCCCCAGCUCUCCACAGGACACACCACACACCCAUGGGUGCCAAAAUGGCACUUGGAGCUGCUACAGAGGCUCCAAAGGGUCAAAAUUAGCUUUAAACUAACUCAACACUGUUGGCACUCAGUAGUAUUUUUGGGUGCCAUUUUGCUUUCCAGUAGAUCAUUUUUUUACACUCCCCUAAUCUUGGGGGUAGAGCGGUGUUGCAGCUGAGAACUGCAUGUUGCUCCCUCCUGGACUCCAUGGCAUUGAGCUUCCUUCCUGCCCAGUAGUUAAUGGCACUUUCACCGAAAUUUGCUUUGGUGCUGCUCAUAGCAAUUAGGCAGUGCACAGAGUAAUUGCACAAGUCUGAUUAAAAGUGAACUCCAGUGUUUAUGCAAGUACACUGAACAGGGAAAGAAAGCUCUUGCUGGCAUUUUUCCAUGUUGGCGUGGGGGGCAAGGGGUUGGGGGGGUAUUAUUUCAGAGCCUUUACAUUUUGUACCUAAGUAGAGCUAGCAAAGCACAAGAUGUAAAAUGAGAAGUGUCCCCACAUGUAAUCAGUGUUGCCUUGAGUGCAGCCACAGUCCCACUGCGAUCGAUGAUGCCAUGGCCUGAGGCAGUAUGACAGCCAAGCUCUUUGGUUCUCACUAGGCAUGUGAGAACCAGUUGUUAGCACGCCAACACCUGAAUACAGUUUAGAGAGGCCUAUAACUGAGUAUUUUAAAAUUGCAUCCUAGAUAAAAUGCAAAUAAACUUGUCUUCGUUUACACCCUCGCUUCCUCCUUGGCUCCUCUGCUGGUUUCAGUUCCCAAGUCACUUGCUUUAAAUGACUGAAACAGCACUGGGAUGGGGCAGAAUGUACCAUCAUGUGGGAACUUGCACUCCUAUUCUAGGCAGUUUGUCAUUCAGACUGUGCCAUCUGGGCCAGACCUGAUAAUGCCUCAGAUCUGCCUUACUGACAAGCGAGCAUCAACACGGGGAUAGGUAUAUUUACUGUAGGAGUUUCAGACACUCUGUUCUGAUUUGCACCUGCUCCCUCAAAAAACUGCUUCAUCUGUUAAGCUUUGCUCUCAUACUAGGUGGCUCUCUUCUGUGUGCCAAGCUGCAGACAGUAAGGAAAAUCAAAAGCAGUCUGAUACAGGAUGGCAAUCAGUCUCCUCAGUACUAUGUACAGUUCAGUAGCUCAUGGUGGUGUUUGACGGUUUUCUGUGAAUAGCAGUAGAGACUUGGCAAUGGAAAUGGUUGCUUUCAAAAAUAUAUUAUGUAAAUACAAAUCCAGAGACAGCAUGUAUAUAUGGAAAUGUGGUCUUGAAAAGAAAAAUGUGGCUUUAUAUACCAGCUGCCUAUUUGUUUCUUGUAUUUAAAACAAGCUGAAGGGUGUGAACCAGAGUAAGUGCCACUGAAAUAAUGUUUCUUUAAUACUCAGCUGGGUACCUGAGUCACGUUGCGGAAGUGUCCCUAACGUUCGCUAGCUUCUAAGGGUCUAUUUCUGUCAUGGGCAAACUGCAGGAUAACAUUGUGUAUGUGCUUUCUCCACUGCUCUGCACAUAGCCAGUUCUAAAUACUUGUUAUGUAGACAUAUCCUCAAAUCUGAGGAUUUAUCGGCAUGGUCUCCAAGUCAUAAAUUCAGCAAAUGAAAGUUAGAACAUUCCAGUAAUUUUACGGGCUCAUGUUGGGCAGUCAUGACAUUCAGGAACUCAAAGCUGGCAUUAGUCAUGUGCUGACAUCUUGAGGGAAUGGUUAUGUGAGGGAUAUAAUCACAUGUCGGUCUCUGUUAGGACCACUGUUUUCUGUUAUGUUGAAAGCCUAAAUAGCAUGUUCUUACCAUGGGUUAAAGCAUUACCAGUGGGGUUCUGGCAACAUGCAUACAUUCUGCAAUUGGCCAUGAUGGAGAUCAGUUUACAUCUCUCCUCUUCACAAACAGGACCAUAGACUCAAUCUGUCAUAUUACAGCUCCCUGGCUACAUUAAAAGCUCAGUAUUAUUCAGCAUUUGCUGUCACCUUUCACCAUAACUUUUAUCUCUUUGAAGAGAACUUUUAGGGAUUUUUUCUCCUGAAAUGCAAACCUGACAUAUUCUUCCUAGAACAUUUGCAUGAAAUUCCUUUUUGUAAAUUUUCACAUUAAAUCAUCCUCUAAAAUGUGCUGUUUCUGAGUGUUAUUAGUGGUUGUCAGUGAAAUCUAAGUGUAUUACUGACCAGGAAAAACACUUUAUGUUGCAGCAAAUAUUCCAGUAAAGGCGGAGGGGGGUGGGGGGGGGGAACGAAUUGAGACUAUUGGGGAUGGCUGGAGAAUGUCCUCUGUGUAUUCCUGGAACUUGUCUAUUACAACAAAUGACAAAAGCAAGCUGCAUGUAGCACAGGAAUCAGCAUUGUACCUUUGGUCUAGAACUUGUUGCAUCCUAACAAUUAAAAUGGUAAAUCACACUUCUUGCUAAGAUGUGGCAUCUUAGAACAAGCCCAUAAAAGUAUUUUGUGAAUUGUUCCCUAAGUGGCCAUAGCCAAUUUACCCAGCUCAUUUUUUCUGUAGUUUUAUGUGACAUUUUUGUUGUUAACAUGAUGUUAAUCUGCUGGCCUCUGUGUUGGAAAUAACAGGAAAUUGUGGUUUUAAAAAACUAGGAUCAAAGCACCAAAGUUGGUGCACAAGAGAGGAGAAAGUGACAUUGGGGCUCAAUGUUUAUUUUCAUCUUAAUAAAUUGUUACUAAAUUGUAACUCUGAUUUCUUAAACCAGGUUUAGUUACAUCCAAGCUAAUGUUUUAAAACUAGAGGUGAAACUUUAACAAGAGAUUCUGGAAUUGGUGCUGUUGGAAUAAAUCAAGCAGAAGUGUUAUUUGUAUUAGGAAACACUUCCAUUUACAAUCCUUAAAUACCUGAUGCUAGAAUACCUUUGUAAUAUGACUUUUCAUGAAAUGGUUGAGUUGGUAAAUAUGUUAGCAAGCCCUUUUAAAGGGUGCCUAGUGAUAUAGGUUAUCAAAAAUGUGUUCUGCAAAAUGAAAAAAGGGUAAAACUGGCCCUGUAGCCUUAAACAUUUCUAACAAGCAUAUUCUCUUUGAUUCUGUAUAAUGGAUAUUUUAUAUUUCUCUUAGCCUAUUCACUUCUAAUGAAAUGUUUCCAAGUUAUAAGAACCAGCAGACGGGAUGAUGUUGCAGCAGUGGUGACACACCAUGGUCUUAACUUUGAUUGCCUCUUCUUUUGCACUAAUUUUUGAAACUGAUAUUUAAGCACAUAAAGGGUCUCUUCUUUGGUCAGAUGUUUGCAAGUGCAUAAAGUCUUAUGGCUCUCCAUCAUGUGCAGUCAUACCUGGUAGGUUUUCUUAAAAGUUUCAGCUGUCAAAGGGAGCAGCAAAUUGGAAUAGGUAACAUACAUGACACUACAGUGCUAAAACAUGCUAGUUUCAUCACAGUUAUCAAGGAUAAAAUGCCAAAUUGUUACUGAAAACCACUGUUAAAAGGAAGAAAAGCUGCAAAAGAAAGGGCACCAAAAAGUGGGGAUAACAAUAACUCUCCGUUAGCAGUGUUCAGUGUUAAGUGCUGAACUGUGUCUUCUGAGUGCCCUCCACCUUUUCAAUACUUCCUGAAUUUCCAGGAGCACUUGCUGCAGUUCCUAAAAGCAAGCAAGCAAGCAAGCAGACCCCUGAGAAGGUUGCUAAAUGGGAUAGCGUGGGUGACAGGUGUAUGUACUGCUGGUGCCCCAUUUUCUCUGUCCCAUUCUGCUAUCUUUAAAUUUUUAAGUUUUUUGGACUGGCAUUAUGUCCACAUUUAAUAGCAGGGAAGUAAAUGGAGGAUGGAAUGUGCACCUGUAUUAACUGCUGUGUUACUGUAUGUGCACAAAUCUCCCUUCUAUUUACUUCCCAGUCCUUAAAUGAACAAAUUAUCCAAAUUAAUUUUGUCUAUUUUUAUGUGGAGCAUAGCUAGUAGGGAAUUGAAGCAGUAAAUACUCCAAAAAUGAGCUGUGAAAGGUGAGCGGGGACACCAAUAACUCCUUUCUGGAGUAGCUGGAGACUUAGGACGGAUUGAAAAGAUAAGGGGUAUUUAGAAGAGCCAGUUCAGCUUUUGAAACCAGGAGGAUCACACAGGCAAGGGGGAGAUCUUGUUCCAUCCCUUAUGGUGUUCCUCCUUUUGCUGCUUUCCCCCCUUUGCUGGUGCUCUUCAGUUGACACUUAAGAGAAUCAGUCCCUGGCACUUGUGAACGAAGUAUAUGUAGUCUCACCUUAUCACUCUGCUUCUGACUGUGCUUUGCUGCUCCUUCGACAGCUGAAACUGUCAAGGAAAUUGACUAAGCAAAACUUCCUGUACUGGAAAACAAUAAUUUUAAACACAACGGCACAAUUUUCUGGAGCCAAAAUAAUAAAAAACCCUAUUUUGUUUUUCAGGCUUGGGGGGUGGGGGGGUAAUGGUAGCAAACAAAAAGGGAUAAUAAUUGGAGUGAGGAUGAAGUGACGAGACAGAUUCUGCAGAGAAGGCCACUGGGAUACCAGCUAGGGAGUAGGGGGCGUGAGGUGGGAGGACCGGGCCUCAGUGCUGGUCCUCUUUCAGUUGCACUGUGGGUUAUUCCAUGAAUAACCCAUGUAGUGCUACUUAUUCACUUGGUGGUUUAGUAUGAGGUACAAAUGUGGCCACGGUGCAGUGCAUUCACAAGGUGGCUUAGUGCAUCAUGCAAACAUGGCCAGUAUUUAACCAUAUAUACACAUUUGCUUCUGAGUAAAACAUCUCCAGCAUGUUCUGCAACACUCAAGUUUUGUAUUUAUCCUGGGUCAUUUUCGCACUUCUUCUCUAGUAUCUAUGAAAAAGAAUACCGAGAGCUGAAUUAUGUUAGGAAGGAGCAGAUCUGUGCAAGAAAACAGACAACUGAACUUUGAGUCUAUUUGCAUAUAAACUAGUGUAAGAUUUAUCUAUCAAGAUAUCUAUGUACGUCUGUGUUUGUAUCAUGGAAUGGUACGUGGCUUUUCCUGAACAAGUGGUUUUAACAUAUAAUGCAUCAAUUUGGCAGUUGGAUUGUUUCCAGUGAAAAUUAAAAAAAUCCUUUCUCAAUGAAGAUAAAACAUUUUUACAUUAAAAAAAACUACACCAUGAUUUAGUUAAAAUUGAUCUAUAUGUAUCCUUUUGAUAUAUAAAAGCACUUUCAUACUAACAGCAUGUGGAUAAUUUUAGAUUCUCAUAUUUGUUAUGGUCUGUAGUAGUGAUGUAAAGUUUACUAGUCAUUAUCUGUCCAUUGUUAAUUGAUUAUACAAAUGAAGAAUCAAAGCACCUUAUACUAUUGCUGCUUCAAUCUGCUUGUAAUUGCACCUUUUGUUAUUGGCACACUGCAUUUUUUAAUUGAACAUUUUUAUGUGGUAAUAUUUGCUUCCUGUGGGAUUAAAUAUUUGACCUACAGUUACCAUCAACCUGGUUUAUAUUUCAACUUUGCAUUAACAUUGUGAAUAUAUCACUUCAGAAAUAAAAAUUACCAUUUGUCCA